AUGUAUUUUGGACCGAAAUUCCAACCAGGAUAUCAACAACUUCAACAGCCUGGUUUUCGUCCACAAACAGAACUACGUGCACCGCCAUCCUUGUCCGGACCUAGACUUACUCCAAAAGGAGGAAUUGCUUAUUAUUCAAGACCUUCAUCUCGACCUGUUGUUGGGGCACCUGUAGUAGGCAUCCUCCCAGGAAUUGGAAGGGGAACACUUGGAACUUUUCCUUCUGGAGGUGUUCCUGUUGGCUCUAUAAGUAAAGGAGCCCUCGAGAGUGGAGCUUAUUCAACUCUGCCUGCCAUAGUAGUUCCACACGGAGCUGCAUCUGGCCUGCAAAAUCCCCCGAUUGCCACUUAUCCAUCGAGAGCUGCUUCAGGAGCUGGUCUGGUCGGCACUUAUCCAACUCGUGCUGCAGUGGCUGGUACUUCUCAGCCAGGGGUUGGCGUGGUCGGCACUUAUCCUACGGGAAUUGCUACAGGAGUUGGUCUUGCUAACACUUACCCAGGGAGCGCUGCUUCAGGAGCCGGUCUGGUCAACACGUAUCCAACGAGUGCUGCUGCUUCAGGAGCUGGUCUGGUCGGUACUUAUCCAACUCGUGCUGCUGUGGCUGGUACUUCUCAGCCAGGGGUUGGCGUGGCCGGCACUUAUCCUACGGGAAUUGCUACAGGAGUUGGUCUUGCUGACACUUACCCAGGGAGCGCUGCUUCAGGAGCCGGUCUGGUCAACACGUAUCCAACGAGUGCUGCUGCUUCAGAAGCUGAUCUGUUCGACACUUAUCCAGCUCGUGCUGCAUUGGCUGGUACUUCUCAGCCAGGGGUUGGCGUGGUCGGCACUUAUCCUACGGGAAUUGCUACAGGAGUUGGUCUUGCUGACACUUAUCCAGGGAGCGCUGCUUCAGGAGCCGGUCUGGUCAACACGUAUCCAACGAGUGCUGCUGCUUCAGGAGCUGGUCUGGUCGACACUUAUCCAGCUGGUGCUGCAGUGGCUGGUACUUCUCAGCCAGGAGUUUGGGCGGCCGGCACUUAUCCUACGGGAAUUGCUACACUUCCUGACACGUAUCCAACGGGUGGUGCUGUGGCCGGUACCUCUCCGACGGGACUUGUCCAUUUUUCUGGACUCUCUACGACCGAUCCAGCAAAUUCUGUUGGAGUGUUCCCUAUUGCAGCCAGCGCGAGUGGUGCUAACUCUCUCAGAAAAGCAGCAGAAACACGCUUGCCAACUAUUGUAGAUAAUGUUGGUUUAGUUGAACCGGGACUGGCGUUGGGAAGUACAGAAUCUUCAAUAGGAGCGGGUGCGGAUCUUGGCUUCGAUGGAUAUCAGGGAUCUUUAGAUGUAAACACAAACGUUGGAAGAGCGGGAAUUCGUACUCCAGAUACCAGAGUCGGAAGUGUUGACACUGGAACAAUAAACACUGCCACCGGUGGAUCCACAGUUGGGGGAAGUUCCGGAAGAGCUACUCUAACGAUUGAAUUAGGUAGUACAGGGCCUGUGGGUGACGUUGCAGGCAUCGAUCAGUCAAGCGGAGGUGGUGUUACUAGCAUAGAACAAAUUGUAGCGGACGCAAUAGCACAGAGUGGUGCUGGUGGCUAUGAUCUCGGACAGCUAGGUGCAAACGCAGUUGGCUCUCCUGGAGUAGAUCUGUAUGCGGGGAAUACAGGUGCCUCUGCAUCAGUGGAUCAGUAUGUUGCAAACACAGUUGGCGCUGCAGGCUCAGGUCAAGCUGGUGCAAGCGGGGGUGGCGUUACAAGCAUAGGACACAUUGUAGCAGACGCAAUAGCUCAGAGUGGCGCUGGUGCCUAUGAUCCCAGGCAGACAGGUCAAGCAGGACAAACUGGUGCAGGUACGGGGAUCGCGAUCAGCGGCACAGGAGCGUCAUCAACUGGAAUAGGAACCAUGGGUCAAGGUGGAAUAACAGUGGGAUUCCCCAGUACUGGAAACGCUGGAGGAGCAGUCGGUGUUGGACAGCUAGGAGAGGGUGGAAUAACCAUCUCAGAUCCUCAAUUCUUUAAUGGCGGGACCCAAACAGGAUCCUCCAUUGGAUCCAUUGGCGGAAUAGAUUCAUAUGGGACCGAGUUGAUUAAUAGUGUUUUGAAUGAAAUGUUUGAUGCACCAAGAGGAUCAGCACAGUCACAACGAAAUGGUUCUCCACAACCGGGUAAUAUAGCUGGAAUUCAAGACGUUCCACUAGGCACAGGGGCAGGCUUCGACGGGCCCAAACAGUUUAGGACAGGACCCACAAAUGUAUUCUGUUCCAAACGGAGGCAGUUCUCUCAGGAUCCACAUCGAGCCAGCAUCUUCCAGGAGUGA